AUGUCGUACCCAUUGAAGAGAGGUGAAAUGAUAGCAAGAGAAGAUGACAACGGUAUUGUGGUGUUAAAGUGGAGGGAUGUUCGCGAUGUUAGGAUGUUAUCAACAAAACAUGCACCUAUUAUGAUUUCAACCUCGGAUUCUACUCAUCGCGGGCGUCCUCCUAAACAGAAACCUUUGGCGAUACUGGCAUAUAAUAAUGGAAAAAGUGGCAUCGACAGGAGCGAUCAGAUGGCGUCAUAUGCCACAACGAUACGAAAAAGUAUCAAGUGGUAUCGGAAAUUAGCACUGCACUUGCUUUUAGGAACAAGUAUAGUAAAUGCUCACAUCGUGUACCAGAGAGCCACAAAUAAAAAAAUUGAAAUAAGAAAAUUUCGGGAGCUCCUCGUUGCCGAAUGGUUGUCCCCGGAAAAUGCUACGCAUAGAAAUAAAACAAGGAACGUGUUCCAUAAGCUAGAGAUUCGUAGGAAUCAGCAGGGCAAGCCUAUAAGAAGGAUGUGCGCUCUAUGUUACCAGAAGAGAAGGCAAACUGCUGAACGUCAAGAAGCGAAAAAAAAUGUAAAAAAAACUACGACCUAUUGUUUCAAUUGUCCAAAAUACCCUCAAAUGUGUUUAGAAUGUUUCAACGCACACCAUACGACAUAGUAUAAUGUAAUAUGUUAUCCUAAA